UCUCUAUUAAUUGCUCAUCCCUCCCUAUCUCUCUGGUCUCUCUAACAAUGUCCCUAUAAGGUUCUGUCUCUGGUUCAUUUUCUUAGUGAAUAAUAGAGUUUUGGCUGGCACAGAGGGUGAGGGAGAGGAGGCUUUUCCAAGAGUGAAAAUUAAACAUUUGUUUGUACUCAACAUUUGUUUUUGGGGAGAGAUCUCUGGUAUCCUUCUCCUUGUAUGUGCACCUUAUAAAUUACAGUGACAAAAGCCAGUUACAAGUGUCCCAAAUUCACCACAUUUUGCAAACAAGACAUAAACCCAAAUUAGGGAGAGAGGGAUCUUGGGUUAGGGGCCAUAAUCUUAUUUUUUUGUGCGAGAUGGCUGACAUUUCACAGAAGAUUCUGUUGCCGGAAACGUUUCAGGGUGUGAGAGAUGAGGUUGCAGGGCAAAUUGGGAUGAUGUGGGAGCUGAUCAAAGCGCCAUUGAUUGUGCCUCUACUGACUCUUGGGGUGUACAUUUGCUUGGCCAUGUCGCUCAUGCUCUUCAUUGAGAGGCUUUACAUGGGAGUGGUCAUAAUCCUGGUCAAGCUCUUCUGGAAGAAACCAGAAAAGCGUUACAAUUAUGAGCUCUUACAAGAAGACUUGGAAAUGGGCAGCUCCAAUUUCCCUGUUGUGCUCAUUCAAAUUCCAAUGUUCAAUGAAAAAGAGGUUUACAAGAUCUCCAUUGGAGCGGCGUGCGGACUUUCAUGGCCGUCGGAUCGUCUUGUGAUCCAAGUUCUCGACGAUUCAACUGACCCUACAAUCAAGCAAAUGGUGGAGGUGGAAUGCCAGAGAUGGGCGAACAAAGGCAUAAACAUAAUAUAUCAAAUCAGAGAGACCAGGGGAGGGUACAAGGCCGGCGCUCUCAAAGAAGGGCUGAAGCGAAGCUACGUUAAACACUGCGAAUACGUAGCUAUUUUCGACGCAGAUUUCCGGCCAGAGCCCGACUUUCUCAGGCGAGCCAUCCCUUUCUUGGUCCACAACCCACAGAUUGCAUUGGUUCAAGCUCGCUGGAGAUUUGUAAAUUCUGAUGAGUGCCUAUUGACAAGAAUGCAAGAGAUGUCAUUGGAUUACCAUUUCAAAGUUGAGCAAGAAGUCGGGUCUGCAACACACGCCUUCUUCGGUUUCAAUGGGACUGCUGGUGUAUGGAGAAUCGCUGCUAUUAAUGAAGCAGGCGGCUGGAAGGACCGAACAACAGUAGAGGACAUGGAUCUUGCUGUUCGUGCUAGUCUUAGGGGCUGGAAAUUUUUGUACCUCGGCGACCUCCAGGUGAAAAGUGAACUUCCUAGUACUUUCAAUGCCUUCCGAUUCCAGCAGCACCGUUGGUCUUGUGGUCCUGCUAAUCUGUUUAGGAAAAUGGUGAUGGAGAUUGUAAGAAAUAAGAAAGUAACAUUGUGGAAGAAAGUAUAUGUCAUUUACAGUUUCUUCUUUGUUCGGAAGAUCAUAGCCCAUAUGGUCACUUUCUGCUUUUACUGCGUUGUACUCCCUCUGACCAUCUUGGUUCCUGAAGUUCAUGUUCCAAUCUGGGGAGCUGUUUAUAUUCCUUCCAUCAUCACCAUUCUUAAUUCAGUAGGAACUCCAAGGUCGGUUCACUUACUGUUCUACUGGAUUCUUUUUGAGAAUGUGAUGUCUUUGCACCGGACCAAGGCAACAUUAAUUGGUCUGCUGGAAGCUGGUAGAGCCAACGAAUGGGUUGUCACAGAAAAACUUGGAGAUUCUGCCACCAAGAAAGAUUCUACCAAGAACAAAACAAACGCCAAAGCACCUUCUAAAAGACUGGGAUUUUUCAAAUUUGGAGACAGGAUGCAUACAUUGGAGCUGGGAUUUGGAGUUUUCCUCUUCUUCUGUGGAUGCUAUGACUUUGUCCAUGGGAAGAACAACUACUUUGUGUACCUCUUCCUCCAGACCCUUACCUUCCUCAUCACUGGAUUUGGCUACAUCGGCACCAUCAUCCCCAGCUCUUAGUGGCAGCAUGCUCUCAAGUUAUAUACAUUAGAUUGGCACAUCAUCUUAGUGUUUGUCAUGCGGUUUUCGUAUCUUUCUUGUCUGCAACAACUUAUAUACAAGGAGGGUUCCAUGAGCCACGAUUGAUUGCUAUAUGUUUUUUUUCAACUCAUUCAAGAAGAGGUCAUUCAUCAUGUUGGGCAAAAAAGUUCUUGGCAUGCUUUCCUCAGAAUGUCACCCGAUUAUUUGAGUAAUCUUGGAAAAUAACAGAAAGAAAAUGUUGGCGAUAUUGGGAAAAAUACAUUAUACAGAACCAGGUGCAAGGAAACAGCAUAAGGUUUAGACAACAAGGAGAUGAUGUUAUGUAGCUUGUUUGAGUAGAUUGUAAGUGUGAGAUUUUGUUCUUUCUUUUUAAUUUCCUAUUUGUUAGUUUUCCUAAGUUUUGUUGAAUAAUCUUUUCAAUCAAAAGGGUGAAGUUGUAACUAAAGUACUUAUAAUUUUGAAGCCAUUUUCUGUUAGGAA